CCCGCAGGGGGCCGGGCAGGGCAGCGGGGGUGGGCUCUGCUGGGCGUCAUCCCCCCCUCCCCUUCUCCCCGGGGAACCGGGGGGGUUGGGGGGGGGGCCGCUCCCGGAGCAUCCCCCCCUUGCCCGGCUCCCCCCUCCUCCUCCUCCUCCUCCCCGCUUCCUCCGUUUAAAGGCCGGGUCCCGGCGGGGCCGAGCGGAGGAGCAGCGGCCGCUCCGCAGCCCCAGUGCCGCGGCGGGGGCGCGCAGCGCACGGGGCGGGCGCUGGAUGCGGCGCCGGGGGCGGGCGGGCGGCAGCCGAGCGGCUCCGGUCCGGUGCCCGGUCCCCGGUCCCCUCCUCCCGUCCCCCCCAGCGGGUCCUCCCCGCGCGGCGGCGCGGAGCUGGGAGCGAUGAGCGCGGCCGGAGGAGCCGGCACCGCGGCGGGCACCGCCACCUCCGCCCUCUGCCUGCUCCUCUCGCUCACCGCCGUGGCCGUCUGCCUGCUGCUGGGAGCCAAAACGGCGGAGCUGCAGGGCCGCCUGGCAGCCCUGGAGGAGCGCGGAGCCGCCGGUCCCGGCCCGCUGCUGGAAGCGCUGCAGCCCCGCCUGGAGCAGCUCCUCCGAGAGAAACUGGGUGAAGGCCUAGCUAAGCUGCGGACAGCGAGAGAGGCUCCGUCAGACUGCAUGUGCCCCCCAGGCCCUCCGGGGAGGCGAGGAAAGCCCGGACGGCGCGGAGAGCCCGGACCUGCAGGGCAGUCAGGACGCGAUGGUUAUCCGGGGCCCCUUGGCUUGGAUGGCAAACCAGGACCUCCAGGACCAAAAGGGGAAAAGGGUGAAGCAGGGGACAUCGGCCCAAGGAUGGUUUUUCCCCACCUCAAUCACGGAUUUCUGGCUAACGAUCAGCUUGUCUUUAGCCGGCGAGUGCUCAAGGGCGAUCAAGGUCGAGAAGGAGCCACUGGCCCCCCUGGUCCGCCAGGACCCCCAGGUGCCCGGGGGCCUCCUGGUGACACAGGAAAGGAUGGCCCAAGAGGACCUCCAGGCCCCCCUGGUUUUAAAGGCGACCCAGGAGAGGAUGGCCUCAUGGGCGCCAGGGGACCCCCAGGGCCAAAGGGUGAACCUGGCAUGCAAGGGAAGAAGGGUGAUGAUGGCAUCCCAGGGGAACCAGGACUUAUGGGCUCUAAGGGAGAAAAAGGAAGCCCAGGUCCAAAGGGAGAGAAUGGCACAGAUGGUGCGCCAGGACCCAAGGGUGAACCUGGCGAGAAGGGUGGAAUUGGCUCCAUCGGACCACGGGGUCCCCCUGGCCUGAAGGGGGAACAGGGCGACACCGUCGUGAUCGACUAUGAUGGCCGGAUCCUGGAUGCACUCAAGGCUGCAGGGAUACACAAAGUGAUGGGUUCGCCGGGUCCCCCGGGGCCGCCAGGCCCGCCAGGUGCUCCAGGCCCUAAGGGGGAGCUGGGCCUGCCGGGUCCGCCUGGGCUAGAUGGCGAAAAGGGUCCCAAAGGAGCUAAGGGUGACCAAGGCAGCGCAGGGACUGCAGGACAAAAAGGAGAGACGGGAGAAAUGGGCUUAUCGGGCCCACCAGGAGCAGAUGGGCCAAAAGGAGACAAAGGAGACACUGGAUCGCCGUGUUUGCAGAAUAACCAUAUCAUCCCGGAGCCAGGACCCCCCGGAUUGCCCGGCCCCAUGGGUCCUCCAGGAAUCCAGGGGCCUAAAGGUUUGGAUGGUGCCAAGGGAGAGAAGGGGGAUAGCGGUGAGAAGGGGGAGCACGGCGACCCGGGACCGGCUGGUCUCCCUGGUGCCCCAGGGCUCAUUGGCUUACCCGGUACCAAAGGAGAGAAGGGAAAGCCGGGGGAGCCAGGACUGGAUGGUUUCCCAGGACUCAGAGGAGAGAAAGGAGAGAAGAGUGAAAGAGGGGAGAAGGGUGAGCGAGGAAUCCCAGGGAGAAAAGGAGCCAAAGGGCAGAAGGGGGAACCUGGCCCUCCUGGACUGGAUCAGCCCUGCCCCGUGGGAGAUCGUAGCAUUUCGGGCAGCCAAGGGGAGCCAGGCUUGCCAGGCCUGGCCGGGGUGAGCGUGCCCUGCCCGUUGGGACCAGAUGGACUGCCAGUAGCGGGAUGUUGGCAUAAGAGCGAAAAAAACCUGGCUGAAAACGAAGAAGAAAAAAAGGCCACAGCCCUAGGUAUGGAAGCAGCUGCUGUGUGCCAGCAAACUGGCAGAGGAAACAACGCCAAGCUCCCUGCAUCGCUAGCCUGCCCUUGUGAUGGACCUAGCGAGCCUCUGGCGGAAUGCAACAAGCGGGACUGCCUGCGGAUCUCUGCUCCUGUCAAGGAAAGCUUCUAUCCCAAAAGGAAGCGCCUCCGGGUCCUGGCCUGGGGCUGAAGACGUGCGAGCACUUUGUUACUGCAGAUCCCACCGCGGAAACCUUCACUGCAAAAUUUCAAACACGCUAAAACUGCCGGUCCAGAGCUGCACCACAGGGAGGGCUCUGCUCAAGUCUUUUCGUAUGCAACAGAGCCUGGACCGUUGCUACUGGGCUUCCCAAAUCUCCGAGUUUGGGGCAUUUGUUUUGGUUUGUAGGGUUCAUUUGCAUUUGAUUUUCUUGGGUUUAUGUGGUUUGAUUGUGAACUCUGUAGCUCUGCACGUUCUUCACCCUCCUUUCAUUCCCUUUUUCUGGUCUCUUUCUUUUAAUUAUCCCAGGCACAUCCCAUGCAGAGCAAGGCAAUGAAUAAAAUGAUGGUUACGAUUUUUCUCUGCAUAUUGCGUUAGUGACAGAAAUUAAAAAAAAAAAUUGCCAACAUCUUUACCAGCUGUUUUUAAAGAUUUGGAGGAAAAAAAAAAACAAGGAUUAUGCAGUAAAGAGCCAUAAAAAAUGUUUCAGG